UUUGAAAAUCGCGGUGUAGGGCUCCGCGACGCGCUUUACUCUUUUAUUGAAUUACAUAGUAGGUAACCUGUAAUUCCUUGAGCCGCAGAGGUUGGAAUUGCCUGCCCUGCUACCAGGUAUUGAACCCUGCUAACCCUGCUAAAUACCUACCUAGGUGCAUAGUAGGUUGGUAACCUUUAGGUACCUGUUAUUACUUUUUCUAUUCGUACUUCGUACUUUGUCAGGGUUCCAUUUUUUUACAUACAAUUCCCAUGCGUCCAAGUCCUUCACCUUAGAUAGUCUUCUUUUAUCCAUCUACCCAAUCUACCAGGACUUCUCUUAAUUAUAUCACUCUUACGCUCUUCUCCUGUCGUACAUUCACCUUUUCUUCUUCUUUUCUUCUAUUCUAACGCUAGCAUCCGGUUAACUUCGUUCCAGAAGCUCAGACCUAUUUCAAUUGAAUGUUAUUCUAGGCUUGUUUACAUUCGUCGUCAAGUCAAUAACAUAGGAGCCAAACCGUGUAAUUCGCAGCGCGCAAAGUCACAAUUCUGUCCCUCGGCCCGCAUUGAGCUCGGAUUGGCUGAGUACCCCUUGCAAAUAAAAGGCUCGAUUUUUUUUACUGCGCCGAUAUCAUAACGUGGGGGGUUUCUGGAUGGCCACCAAGACAAUAUAGAUUUUAUAGUCGCAGUCUGGGCGUUGGAGUACGAUUCUCCAUAUUGCUCCUCAAGAUGGGUAUUCAAGGUCUGCUUCCAUUACUCAAAUCGAUACAACGACCAACAGAGCUGAAGAAGUAUGAUGGCGAGACGAUCGGUGUUGACGCCUAUGGUUGGUUGCAUCGAGGUGCUGUACCAUGUGCCAUUGAACUUGCGCAAGGCAAGCCAACCCGAAAAUAUGUCGACUUUGCUAUGAACCGAGUGAAGAUGCUCAAACAUUUUGGCAUCACGCCCUACCUAGUCUUCGACGGCGGUUUCUUACCUAGCAAAGCCGCAACUGAAGCGUCCCGUGCAAAACGUCGGGAAGAAUGCAGGAAAACCGGCCUCGAACUUCUAAAGGCCGGCAAGCCUUCUCAGGCGCAUGCUGAGCUCCAGAAAGCCGUCGACGUUACCCCUGAGAUGGCUCGGCAUCUCAUUGAAGAGCUGAAAAAGGCCGACGUGCCUUAUGUAGUUGCGCCUUACGAAGCUGACCCGCAAUUGGUAUAUCUAGAGCGCGAAGGUCACAUAAGCGGUAUUCUCUCUGAAGAUUCAGACUUACUAGUGUUUGGAGCCAAACGGCUAUUGACCAAGUUAGAUCAGCACGGUCAGUGUAUCGAGAUCAACCGCAGAGACUUCUGUGCUUGCCGGGAAGUCUCUCUGACAGGCUGGACGGACGCCCAGUUUCGACAAAUGGCUAUCCUUAGUGGCUGCGACUAUCUGGAUAGCAUUAACAGCUUAGGUCUAAAAACCGCGCAUAGGAUGAUGAGAAAGCACAAGACACCCGAGAAAGUGAUCCGCAUGUUGCAGUUUGACGGCAAGUAUCGGGUCCCUGCUGAUUAUUUGAAAUUGUUCCACCAAGCGGAACAGACUUUUCUUCACCAAUGGGUAUUCUGUCCCAAGGCGAACCAGCUUGUCAACUUCACGCAACUUAGCCCCGACGUCAAGGUUGAUGAGCUUCCCUUUCUUGGACCUCCUAUUGAGCCCGAAACAGCGAGAGGAAUUGCUAUAGGAGACAUAAAUCCUAUCACUAAACAGACUAUUCUGCUUCCAACUUUGCCCUCGCCGAGAAAACGUACGGCAUCAGGAACCGCCCGCAACGUGCCUCAAACUCGCACGAUACGAGAGCCUCCGGCAAAGCCGAUUGAUUCUUAUUUCAAGGGCCAUCGUCGAAUUCCCCUAGGCGAAAUGGAACCGAAUUGUUUCUCUGUUGACCCUGCACGUCUUGCUGGUAUGACUGAGAAUGGCAACCGGCCAAUUGUGUACCCGCUCCCAAGACCAUAUCUGGACGAAACUGAUCCCACCACAUCUAGCGGCCCACGGGCUUAUAUCACACGGCCAGGAAGCUCUGCCCGUACUCUUCGACGCCGAACUGAACCGGUAACUAAUUUACUCGGCAAUGGCGGUCACACUUUGGGUUCUGGGUCUCGACGCCAGACUACCGGGCCGGGAGUCAAUGUUUUAAGUAACUCUGAGAGUGGUGGAGCUGUUAACACCGUUCGACCACCUAAGAAGGCACGUUUGUGCGAUGAUACGAAUUCGGGUCGAAGUCCCGGAAAGGAGAAGAGCAAAUUCUUCCCACGCGGCAAUGUGAAAGGUGCAACUACGAAAAAGACGGAAGGCUAUUUAAUGUCGGACGAUUCCAUUGAAGAAGCUCUGAAAGAUCUCCCCGAUUUUGGUGGAUGGGGUGCUUCACUCAAGGACGAGAAGGAAGUCCUGGUCUACCAGGAGUCGCAAUCAGCUUUGGCCAAUACUGAAAUAUCUAAGGAUGACGAAUCAUAUCAUGAGAAUGGGAGCAGCGAACCUAGCGAACCGACUUCCUCUGUACAGGAUAAUGUACUGCCAAACACCCCCAGCCUUGCCAAACGCUUUAGCUACCAUGGCCAAUCACGUAGGGAGAGCGUCUCUACAUCUUCCUCCAGCCGGUCUUCGCUCUCCGGGCUUACCCCUGCCACUUCUGUUAUGUCAUCUACGUCUUUUUCGUCGGUACAGCUAUCAACUGGUAAAACGACUCCAGCGACACCACUACAAACACCGCUUCAACGACUCGGCAUCAAGGCGUUGGGACGCGGCAACCAACCGUCCACGCCUACUUUCGUUGCCCCGCGACCUAAGAAGCGUUCUAGCUUAGUCAGGCAGAGUAUAGACUCUAUGCCUAUCAAUCCAGCUUUCGUUCCUCUGCCUCCUGUUGACUUGGAAGAGGUAGAGGCGCUACACAGGCCUAUUGGUAGCGAAGACCUGAUAAUACCUGAGAGCGAGAAUGAAGAGGCUCUGGAUGAGCAAGAGAACUUGGGCUCAGAUAAGGGCAGAGCGGCAGGAAAUAGACGGAUAGACUUAUCAAGAUUUCUUUUCGCUUAGAGGGAAACUCUUCAGCAUACGGUACAUACUGUUUUUACAGGUCCCUUAGGGAUUUCGACGGCGCAGAAUGUGGUCAUCAGCAUAGCAGAGGAGUUUGGGGCCCGCAACGAUCAAGCAAAGGCGUUCCGGCAUAAAUCAUUCGAUUAGGUCAAAAGUAUCUGCCAUAAGUGCUUCCCUUCCCUUCUGGAAGUUGUUAAAGUAGUAAUAAGGAAACCAUUGGUUAUUAUUAUGAUUCUAAGGUAAUCUUUAUUCAUGGUGGAAGAAUGAAAGAGAUGGAAAGUGUAGGUUUCCGAUCUCGACUAUUAUUUGAAUCAAAAUGAUUGAGUUUGUUCUGUGGUUCUAAAGUAUAAAGAAUAACCGAUUGUGCUGCUUCGUUCCCUGGCAUAUCUCUAGGUACAAAUGUUGAAUUAGGUGAGUACAAUCAGAUACCGAAGUAUUCAUAAAUUUCUACUCCACUUCCAUCCACUGAGGCGAAGGGCGGACCAGCUGGCAAGAUAAAACAAUCUAAGUGGAUCUAUUGUAUUGUACAAUGCAUGGCGCAAAUACUGGCAACAAGUUGCGUCAGGAACUCCCGACUGCCG